UCACGCGCGGGUUUUGCCCGUGGUGACGUCACCGGUCGCGCUCUAGUCUCGCUCAGUCGGCGUUUCCCGACCGCGUGCAGCAGUUUGAGCUCAGCCCAGCGGUUCCACCCAGUCAGUUAGUGGCCAGCAGUAGUAGCGGCGGUAGUGAGCUCCCGUUAGCGACGCCUCUUACGCCCCGCCCUGCCCCAUGUUCGGACCUGAUAAGCAGUCGGGGCAGCCGAAGCUGGACUGCGGUGGCAGGUUCGGGAAUAUGGCGUCUGUGGGGGAAUUUAACUCGUUCAGCGCUAGCAUCCCGGCCACCAAGGUGGAGCUGUCUGUGUCCUGCAGAAACCUUUUGGACAGAGACACAUUUUCAAAAUCUGAUCCAAUAUGUGUUUUGUAUACACAAGGUAUUGGAAGCAAAGAAUGGAGAGAGUUUGGAAGAACAGAAGUAAUUGACAAUACUUUAAAUCCAGAUUUUGUAAGAAAAUUCAUCAUGGACUACUUUUUUGAAGAAAGAGAGAACCUGCGGUUUGAUUUGUAUGAUGUUGAUUCAAAGAGUCCCAACCUAUCAAAGCAUGAUUUUUUGGGACAAGUGUUUUGUACACUAGGAGAGAUAGUUGGAUCACAGGGAAGCAGACUGGAAAAGGCAAUUGCAGGAAUUCCAGGGAAGAAAUGUGGAACAAUCAUAGUGACAGCAGAGGAGCUGAACUGUUGCAGGGAUUCUGUACUUAUGCAGUUUUGUGCAAACAAGUUAGACAAGAAGGACUUCUUUGGGAAAUCUGACCCUUUCCUAGUAUUUCAUCGAAGCAAUGAAGAUGGCAGUUUUACAAUCUGUCACAAGACAGAAGUUGUAAAAAAUACAUUAAAUCCAGUGUGGCAGGCAUUCAAGAUCUCUGUCAGAGCACUGUGUAAUGGAGACUAUGACAGAACGAUUAAAAUAGAGGUGUAUGAUUGGGAUAGAGAUGGAAGCCAUGAUUUCAUUGGAGAAUUCACAACAAGUUAUAGGGAAUUGUCUAGAGGGCAAUCACAGUUCAAUGUAUAUGAGGUAAUAAAUCCAAAGAAAAAAGGAAAAAAGAAAAAGUAUAUCAAUUCUGGAACAGUAACAUUGCUUUCCUUCCUAAUUGAAACAGAAGUUUCAUUCCUCGACUAUAUUAAAGGCGGAACCCAAAUCAAUUUCACAGUGGCUAUUGAUUUCACAGCAUCAAAUGAGUGGAUGGAAAGGAAAUACUUUGUACCCUCCAAGGGGUACAAAUACCUUUUCACCCACCCUCAACCAGGUACGCUUGUCGUGGAUGCAGACAAAUGCCAAGGAAAGGCAAGGGCAGCAAGGUCCUACGCCAAAAUCCAAAGAGGCAAGGAAGUUGGACUUUUUAGGCUAAGAUUUCUUCAAUUUGUUGUAAACCAUCUCCACUAUCAGUUCAAGGUCCUCCGCUUCAGCCUUUCGGCGGCCCCUCAGGUGUUCACCAAGUGCAUGGCGGUCGUGGUGACCUACCUACGGAAGCAGCAGGUGCAGAAUGGAAACCCUCAAAAUCCCUAUUGCAAUGGAAUUGAUGGUGUAAUGGAGGCAUAUUAUAGAAGUUUAAAAUCUGUACAGCUUUAUGGACCAACAAACUUUGCUCCAGUAAUUAAUCAUGUCGCAAGAUAUGCUUCCUCGGUAAAAGAUGGCUCCCAGUAUUUUAUUCUUCUCAUUAUUACAGAUGGGGUUAUUUCAGACAUGGCUCAAACAAAGGAAUCAAUAGUUAACGCAUCAAAGCUUCCAAUGUCAAUAAUUAUAGUAGGAGUUGGACCAGCAGAGUUUGAUGCUAUGGAAGAAUUGGAUGGUGAUGUAGUCAGAGUCUCCUCAAGAGGAAAAUAUGCAGAAAGGGAUAUUGUACAGUUUGUGCCAUUCCGGGAUUACAUUGACAGAAGUGGAAACCAUAUAUUGAGCAUGGCCAGACUUGCUAAAGAUGUCUUAGCUGAGAUCCCAGACCAGUUUCUCUCUUACAUGAGGGUCAGAGGAAUCAAGCCAUCACCUGCACCACCUCCAUACACACCCCCUCUUCAUGUGUUACAGACUCAGAUAUGACUACUCCAAAAUGGUUAACACUUGCCACAAACCACGUAGAGCUACUGAGUCAGUGCUUCACUAUUGGUGCACUUUAAAGAACCAGUGAAUCGAGACUGUUGUCUGUCUGGAUGAAGUAGUAGCUUGUGAUAGGUUUUUGGAUCAAAACAAAUUCUCUUCAUAUACCAAAAUUCUCAAUAUGGUUGCAUGAGCAACUGAAAAGCUUUUAAACGCUAUUCUCUUCAAGUCUUAUUUUUUUCUGACUGAAAAAGCUACUUUUUCAUUUAUUUGUUGGGGGAAAGCACAAGUCACAGUUUCAACUCAGAAGAUAUUGUUCUCCCUGACUACUGUGUGUAUAUAAAUAUAUAGGAAUGCAAUUCCUCUGUAUCAAUGUUUACAUGUUACUACUUUUUAAAUUUCAAUACUUUUAUAAAUAUUCUUAAGAAUAAGAGUUUGGAAUAUUGAAUCAUGUGUCUUCUAACUUGCAAUAGUUAUAGCCACAGGAGAAGCAAUAUCUCUUUGAAUGAUUGUCCAGACAAAUAAAAGCGCAAAACUAAAGAAAAAGAGGACAAAUACAUUCAUAUUUCUCAAUAACUGAAUUGCUUCACGUAAGUGCUUAGUAGUCAAUUCAUCUGUCAAAAUUUAAAACAGUAUUUGAGAAUAAAAUCUGGAGAUGUGAAUACUGUAACUGUAUUUGACUUACUAAUAAAGCUAAGCCUCAGGAAGGGGGUUAUGUAUUUUUCAGAGAUACUCCAAUUUCUAAAUUUAUGUAAGUUUACAUUUUUUAAAAUAGGUUUUGCUGGCUGACUAGAACUUGCAUACUAAAUGUAAUUAAAGAAGAAUUACCUCAAGUCCCAUAGCUGACUUACUUAACUUAGUAGAAUCAUCUCAUAUUUUGCUUAAUAACAUUAGCACUUUUGCAUCUUAAAACUAUUUUCAAGUGAUUACAACGGACUUUUUAUAAUGAACCGUUUUAACGCCCAUUUAAAAUGUAAAGUUGUCACCUAUUGUCUAGAUUGCCCAUUCAAAGCGAUGCUGACUCUUAAUAUUUGGAUUCAAUUGUUGUCAUCUAAUCACAUUGCUAUUCGAAGUGCACAGAUGCUAAUAUUUCAUGAAUUAACUGAUUUUAAAAUUGCACAGCCAUAUUGCUUUGUGCACAAUAGUUUUGUGUAUUUAACGACCCAACAUUUUACUAUAUGCCUGUUCGUAUCUAAUUAUAAAAUGUUUUGCAUGUACAGUUUUUACAUGAAAUUCACAGUAUUGUGAGUAUGUGUCAAAGAUACAUUAUAUUUAGAAUUAAUGGCCUUAAAUCUCACAAAAUUCCUGGAAAUGAUUGUGAAUUGCCUUCAAAUUCUGUUAAGACUGAAAAAUGUUUUAUUUUUUGUGUCAUCAUUGUAACUACCUUGUAAUGUGACUGUUUUCUUUACAUAUAACUGGUGUAUUACUUUGUUUCUUACUUCUAUAUGUUGUACUAUACAGUAUCAAGGUAAGGCACAUUUUUUAAGCAUGAAAAGAGAUUUUUUUGCAGAAAAACAUAUUUGCAGUAUCAAUGACCUAUAACUAUGUAAGUGCAGAAUCUUCCAUUUUGAAAUAUAUUAAAACUUAAAAUUAAUAUCUCACAUUGUAUAUUACUUUUUUCAGAUAACUAUUCUGUUAUAACAAGGACUUUUUUGUAAGAACAAAUAUUAUUUUAACUUUAUUUCAAACCAGUUUUUACAUAAGAAUGAAGUUAAUUUUUUUCACAAAAAUGUGUGAUUUUUAGUGGGCUUGUGUUGCGUGAAUGAAAUUUAAUAUCUGGCAACUACUGCUAUUAAGGAGAGAACGUCAUAAAAACUAUGUAUCAAUCUACAUUGUUAUUUUCCCUUCUAUGCUCUAAAUUAAUUUUAAACAUGCCAUAAUUUCUUUAUAGGAUGUUUUUAAACAUUGUAUCAA